CCUGAUAUUGCUUUGAGACUAGCACCGAACUAUGAAUCGUGGUCUCUAAACGAUGCCAUAUUGUAUGUUUUCCAUGUAUUCCAGAGCUCUGAUUGUGAAGCUGAACGUUUCUCCUGUGGCUCUUCCCUUCUGGCUCGUGUCGUGUAGCGUCAGAACAGAAGAGAUCCGCUCAGCCACAUCAGGAAGUUAAACACUAACGUUAAUCAGCGAACAGACCGUUAAUUCACCGCCGUUAAGAUUUGAUCAUUCGGUGUCAGUACAUGGAUAGUCUCAGGAUGGUCCUAGAGCUCAGGAGUUCUUCUGUGGUGCUGUUUGAAGAGAUCUGGUGCUGAUUCAGCUGUGAUUACAACACCAAUGGACCUUCACUGACGUGCCUUAGCUGCUGCUUGAAUAAACCGUUUCCUCUCAAGUACUGGCAUACAGGUUCUGCAGAAUGUGUCACGUCAUAGUCACAUGCCGCUCUAUGUUAUGGACCUUGAUGAGCAUUGUGGUGGCAUUUGCUGAGAUGGUGGCAUUUAUGAGCGCCGAAUGGCUAGUGGGAUAUCCAGAUGGUUCUGAGUUCAACUUCACCGUCACUGCUUCACACCGCAGCGACCAGCGCACCCUGGGUAUUUAUAACCGCUGCAUCAAGGUGGCACAGCAGAAGGUGCUCCAGUGUGGGCCCUACGCUACAGACUUCAUGGAAAUAGCCAGUGGCUUCUGGCAAGCCACUGUUAUAUUUCUAGUCAUCGCAAUCUUUCUCCUAUCUGUAGUGGGCAUCCUUUCGGUUUUCAGCAUGUGCUUCCAGAGUAUCUUGAAGAAGAGCAUAUUCAAUGUGUGUGGCCUGCUUCAGGGAAUAGCAGGUCUAUUCCUCAUCUUAGGUCUGAUGCUCUAUCCUGCAGGCUGGGGCUCUAAGAAGGUGGUUGACUACUGCGGUCCGGAUGCUUCCCCAUAUAAAGUGGGCCUGUGUUCUCUGGGCUGGGCUUUCUACACAGCCAUAGGAGGCACUGUUCUCACUUUCAUUUGUGCCAUGUUUUCCGCCCAGGCUGAGAUCGCCACCUCCAGCGACAAGGUGCAGGAUGAGAUUGAAGAGGGACGGAGUCUCAUUUGUGUGCUGUGAGAUGUGAACACAAACCACU